ACUCUCUUUAUUUCUCAUCAAAUCAGGAUAUACUCCCACACACACGUGUAUCUUAAGAGCCCCUCCUAAAGGGGGGCUUAUUAUUAGUCAGAAUUUACUGCGUUCCUACUGCGCGUGUUAUUGUUUAUGGAUUUGCGUCUGUGGUGUGGUUACCAAAAGGCUGUAAUUAUUCCGUCGUCAUUUUCGCUUUGAAUUGAUCAUACUAAAGACACAGUUAUGGCAGGUUAUGGUGGUUACCCCAUGGGCAAUCAGUCCUUCCAGGGCCGACAGCAGCAUGCACCGCCUCCACAACACCACCACCAUGGACCUCCCCCCGGCAUGCAGGGCCAUGGACAGCCACCCCACGCCCAGAUGCAGAUGAUGCAAAACCAAUGGCAGCAAGAGCAGCACUACCAGCAGUACCAACACUUCAGCCAACAGAGUCAGGUCUACGGUAGCUAUGGCAGCCAGUUUCAACAGAAUGUCUUCAGUAUCAACCCUUCUCAGGCACUUGCAUUCAAAUCGGAACAGGAAUUCCAAAUAAUUUUCAAUCAGUACGUCAGCCCGACUCUUGGAGGCAUCCAAGCAGAGGAACUUCACAAACUCUUGAAUGACCAGCCAAAGAUCAAGAACUUCUAUAGAAUCACUUGGAGCAUGGAACUUUGCAAGAUCAUGAUAAUGAUGCUGGACCGUAACAAGGAUGGUAUCAUGCAGUACGGAGAGUUCAAAGAGUUGUUGCAAUGUCUUCUUCACUGGCAUCAACUGUUCAAAACGUGCGCCGACCAGGAUGGGUCUGGCUUCGUCGAGGCAAAUGAGCUGCUCAAUAUCAUCAUGAGGAAAUUUGGGUACAACCUUUCUCACAAAGCCGUAACGACGCUUCUCAAACGUUACUCGCGUGCAAUGGAUGACGGCCGAUGCCUUAUUGCCUUUGAUGACUUCGUGGCUCUUUCAGUGAGACUCCGAGCAUACACAGAAGCUUUUCGUGCGCGGGACCGGACGAACCACAACGGGCAAGAGACAGGACGAACAGACUACGGUUAUGAUGAUUUCAUCCAGUGUGUGAUGUGUCUGUAGACCGGCAGCGAGAGGCCAUGAACAACGCUGAAGACCCCUUUCCGUCCAUGUAGUUGUAGACUUGUGCUGUCUGUUUCUCUAGACAUGUCAUCUUGUCCACAAUCAUUCACCUUGGAGUGUGUUGAAUUCAUGGAACAUAUCAAGCACUAUAACGAUUGUACGUUCCAUGACAGGAUUUAGAUCAGAACAUCAAGGGGACUGUCCUAAGUAGACGAGGAAUUCUUGAUUGCAUGAGGAUGUCUUGUCAUGACGUUUAUUAUGUUAUCAUACAUGUACAGAAGAGAGCUAGCCCUUUAGUGUAUCGUAAUAUAAAAUGUCAAGCUUUUGUAGGUCUGGAAACCAUCUUUGUCAAGGUUAAGUCACAGUGUUCCCUGGCCGUCGCUCAUCCUCAUUGUUCAAAACAUUGUGAUAAGACCAUGUGGAGGAACUUCAAAAACUUAUUCAUAUCCUUGGCUUCUGAAAAGUUAAAUUUCUAACAGAACUAUUUUUUGUUUAUUUGUUUACUUAUACUUGUAUUUAUCAAGAAUAAAUUGCAGAAGCAGAUAAAGUACUCUUGAUAUUUCUUGGAAUUCGAAUGAUCAGUUAUUGUUGUUUUGUAUAUGUUCUAUAUUAUGUAAAUAUCUAGAUGCAGAUUAUAUUCAAUAC